AUGAGGAGAUUCGAAGGCAAAGUGGCAAUUGUGACGGGUGGAUCAAAUGGCAUAGGUGCAGCCACGGCAAGGAAAUUCGUAGCAGAAGGUGCUUACGUGUACAUUGCUGACAUCGAUGAAGAGGGAGGGGUUAAAGUUUGCCAAGAGCUCCAUGGGAAUGCUUCAUUUGUGAAGUGUGAUGUGGCAAUAGAGACCCAUAUGAAAGGGGUCUUAGAUCAAGCAGUAGAGGAGAAGGGGCGUCUAGAUAUCAUGGUGAACAAUGCGGGUAUGUUGCACCCUCAUGGUAAUUCCAUCACGCAGGUCUCUGUUGAGACUUGGGAAAGAGUGAUGGCUGUGAAUGUUACGGGAGCUAUGUUAGGAAUGAAGCACGCUGCGAGGGUCAUGAUUCCACGUAACUCUGAUUCCACUACAUAUUUCUUAUUUCAAAGUGCACAAUCAUCGAUGAAGAGGCAGGGAGUUAAAGUUUGCGGAGAGCUCGAUGGGAAUGCUUCAUUUGAGAAGUGUGAUGUGGCAAUAGAGACCCAUGUGAUAGGGGUCAUAGAUCGAGCAAUGGAGGAGAAUGGACGUCUAGAUAUUAUGGUGAACAAUGCGGGUAUGCUGCACGCUCAUGGUAAUUCCACACACAGGUUUCAGUUGAAAGUUGGUAAAGAGUGA